CGCUGCCUGGCGCUGGAACCAGGAAGGCGCUGAGCUUAAACUGAAGCAAGUUCGGUGGACGCCGGCGGCUCCCUAAUCUGAAGAAACGCUUCCAGGUCCGCGGCUCUUGCACGUCAGCAGGUGUUAUAAGCCCGAAGGCCUUGACCCAGCAAUGGGACGCCGAUCAUCAGAUACUGAAGAAGAAAGCAGAAGUAAGAGAAAAAAGAAACACCGGAGACGGUCAUCUUCAAGUAGUUCUUCAGACAGUAGAACUUACAAUCGAAAGAAAGGUGGAAGGAAAUCAAGGUCAAAGUCAAGAUCUUGGUCCAGAGAUCUUCAGCCUCGUUCACAUUCUUAUGAUAGAAGACGUAGACAUCGAUCAAGCAGUAGCUCUUCUUACGGCUCUAGAAGAAAACGAAGUCGAAGUCGUUCAAGGGGUCGAGGGAAGUCCUAUAGAGUGCAGAGGUCUAGAUCCAAAAGCAGAACAAGAAGGUCCAGGUCAAGACCUUGUCCACGUUCCCAUAGCCAAAGCAGUGAAAGGUCCAGUCAUAGAAGAACCCGUAGUCGGUCUCGGGAUAGAGAAAGACGUAAAGCCCGAGAUAAGGAGAAAAGAGAAAAGGAGAAGGAUAAAGGGAAGGACAAGGAAUUGCACUAUGUCAAACGUGGGGAACCUGGAAGCAUCAAAGCUGGAUUAGAACAUCUGCCACCAGCUGAACAGGCCAAAGCCAGAUUACAGCUGGUUCUUGAAGCUGCUGAUGCUGUACUGUUUUCUUCGGGUAUCCAGAGCCCCAGAACAGUUGUUUCAGACAGUUCCUGCCUGUUUACUAGUUGUUUUGGAGGAAGAACAAAAGCUGAUGAAGCACUGAAAGCCAAAGAAAGAAAUGAGGAAGAACAGCCAUUAAAUAUGAGCCCAGAAGCACUUUAUAUGAUCAUCAUGUCUAUUAACUGUGAGGAACAAUUAUUUUCUACAGACCAAGCUACCCUGGGAGAACAAGUAAAAAGAGUAAAAGAAAUUGAGGCUAUUGAAAGUGAUUCUUUUGUUCAGCAAACAUUCAGAUCAAGUAAAGAAGUAAAAAAGUCAGUGGAACCUAAUGAAGUGAAGCAUGCAACUGCAACAUCAGGACCGGUAUCCGUAGUUGCUGAUCCACCUAGCGUUGAAAAGGAAAUAGAUCCUAGCAGUAUCCCUACCACCAUCAAGUACCAAGAUGACAAUUCUCUGGCCCAUCCAAAUUUAUUUAUUGAGAAAGCCGAGGCUGAGGAAAAGUGGUUCAAGAGAUUAAUUGCUCUCCGACAAGAAAGGCUUAUGGGUAGUCCUGUGGCCUAAGUAAUAUACAUAUGGUUGAAUUGACAGUAACAUUAGAAAGGUAGGUUAUUAAAGCCCAAUGUUAACUUCUGACUCUUAAAAAGAAUUCAUCUGAUUAUAUAAAGAGGUAAUCUCAUUCAUUCUUUUCUCAUUUAAGUAGGUUGGAUAUUUUAUUAGAACUGAAUUGAACAUUGUGAAUAUUAAAACCUGUGUAAAAUUUUUAAAUGCAUGAAAAUGUCAUACUGUUAAUAAAGCUAAUCAUAAAAAUAUCUGUGUUAACUUAAAAGAUACAUGGAUAAUAAAAAUAUACAUAAAAGAUACACAGUAGUGUUUUUUAGUACAAUUCAAAAAAUGUCAAGUUGUCAUUUAAAGACAAUUUUGAUUAAUCA